CCUCUCUCUCUUGUAUAAUAAAACAGAGAAACAACAACAAGAACCCUGAAAAAACCCUAGCAGCACCACCACCGCACCAUGGGUAAGGUGAAAGGAAAGCACCGUUUAGAUAAAUUUUACCGUUUAGCCAAAGAACACGGGUACCGAUCACGUGCCUCAUGGAAACUAGUUCAACUGGACUCCAAAUUCCAAUUCCUCCACUCCUCACGCGCCGUCCUCGACCUCUGCGCCGCUCCCGGAGGUUGGAUGCAGGUAGCGGUGCAGCGUGUGCCAGUUGGGAGCCUUGUCCUGGGCAUCGAUUUAGUAAAAAUUGCGCCUAUUCGAGGCGCCACUUCAAUCGAACAAGAUAUAACAAAACCUGAAUGUAAAGCUAGGGUUAAGAAAAUAAUGGGAGAGCAUGGAGUUAAAGCUUUUGAUUUAGUGUUACAUGAUGGUUCUCCUAAUAUUGGUGGCGCUUGGGCUCAAGAAGCUAUGUCUCAAAAUGCUCUUGUUAUUGAUGCUGUUAGAUUGGCUACUCAGUUCUUGGCUCCUAAAGGCACUUUUGUUACUAAAGUUUUUAGGUCUCAAGAUUACAAUUCAGUCAUUUACUGUCUCAAUCAGUUGUUUGAAAAGGUUGAGGUGGAUAAACCAGCAGCAAGUCGUUCAGCCUCUGCUGAAAUAUUUGUUCUGGGGUUAAAAUACAAGGCGCCUGCAAAGAUUGAUCCACGCCUUCUUGAUGUGAAGCAUCUAUUCCAGGGAUCCGUUGAACCCCAGCGGAAGGUUAUUGAUGUACUCAGAGGAUCAAAGCAAAAGCGACACCGUGAUGGGUAUGAAGAUGGGGAGAGCAUAAUUAGAAAAGUGUCUUCAGCAGCUGAUUUUGUUUGGUCUGACACGCCUCUUGAGAUCCUUGGUUCAGUUACAUCUAUAGCCUUUGAGGACCCAGCAUCUUUGCCGCUAAGGGAUCAUGCUUUGACAACAGAAGAGGUUAAAGCUCUAUGUGAUGAUCUUCGUGUUUUGGGGAAGCAAGACUUCAAACAUCUAUUGAAGUGGCGGAUGCACAUAAGGAAGGCCCUAUCUCCUUCUCAAAAGGCUACUUCUACCACUUCCACUGAUGGUGAAGAAAAGAAUGUGGAGGAUGAAGAUGAUAAGUUGCUGAAUGAAAUGGAGGAGCUGACUUAUGCGGUGGAGCGAAAGAAGAAACAAGCGAAAAAACGUGAUGCAAAAAGAAGAGCUAAGGACAAGGCACGGAAGACAAAAGGAGUGCAAAUAGAUGCGUUGGAAGAUGGCUACGUGGAUCAUGAAUUGUUCUCUCUUUCUUCCAUCAAGGGGAAGAAAGAUUUGGUAGCUGUUAACUCUGCUGAAAAUGACGAGAAUGGUGAGUUAGGAGACAGUGAAAAUGAGGAGCCCCAUGAUCAAGCUGACGAGCAUACAUCCAGUGAUUUGGAUUCUGAUGAGGAAAGAAGAAGAUAUGAUGCACAUCUGGAAGAGUUUCUUGAUCAGGUUUAUGAAAGAUUUGUGACCAAAAGGGAAGGAAGUACUAAGCAGCGGAAACGUGCAAAGAAGGCCUACUCUGAACUUAUGGAGGGUGAUGAUAAUGAUGAUGCGAUGCAAUCUGAUUAUGAUUCAGAUAAAGACCAGGGUGAUGAGGAAGUAAAUCCUCUCAUGGUACCUUUCAAUGAUGGGGAAGUGCCGACCCAAGAAGAGAUUACAAACAAAUGGUUUACUCAGGAUGUGUUUGCCAAAGCUGUAGAGGAUGGAGACUUGGAAAAGUACGAUAGUGAGGAUCAAAUGCAGGUAGAUAUGCAGGAGGGUAAAGUUGCUAGUCCCAAAAAUAAAGCAAAAGAUGCAAUAGGUCACAAACACACUCAACAUCAAACUUCCAAGGGAGAAGAGGAUUUUGAAAUAGUCCCUGCUCCAGCUAUGGAUUCUAGUGAUGAUUCAUCCUCAGAUGAUUCUGAUGAAGAUGUUGAAGCAAAGGCUGAGAUAUUGGCUUAUGCUAAAAAGAUGCUGAGGAAAAAACAAAGGGAAGAGAUGCUUGAUGAUGCCUACAAUAAAUAUAUGUUUGAUGAUGAGGGCUUGCCUGGCUGGUUUGUAGAAGAAGAGAGGAGGCACCGACAACCAAUUAAACCAGUUACCAAGGAGGAGAUUGUUGCAAUGCGAGCACAGUUUAAGGAAAUAAAUGCCCGGCCUGCUAAGAAAGUGGCAGAGGCCAAGGCUAGAAAGAAGCGGAUAGCAAUGAAGAGGCUUGAGAAGGUCCGGAAGAAGGCAAACACCAUAUCUGACCAAGCAGAGAUCUCUGAUCGCUCAAAGAGGAAGAUGAUUGAACAACUAUAUAAGAAGGCACAACCUAAAAGGCCUAAGAAGGAAUAUGUUGUUGCAAAGAAAGGAGUGGCAAACAAGGCUGGCAAGGGAAAAGUCCUCGUAGAUCGGCGGAUGAAAAAGGAUGCUAGGGUGCAUGGUAUGAGCAAGCGGGGGAAAGGGAAUUCGAAGGGCGGUAAGAAUGCAAAGGGUCAAAAAAGUAAAGGACCCAGAAAUGUGUCAGCUAAGAAUGGAAAGAAAGGAAAGAAAGGAAAAACCGCGGAAUAAUCUGCAGAAUUUGCAUUUGGCCUGGCAAUCAUAACUGUUUAGUAUGUUUUUGUCUUUUUUUUUUUUUAUUAUUAUUUUCGGUACUUUAUCAGUGAAAAUCAUUAAUAUCUAAAUUUUUGUAGUAAUGUCAUAAUGAGCUCUCACAAUUUGUUACGAUAUAAUGCUUGAACGAAUUCAUGGAAUCUUCAUUCAGCAGUGAAUUUUUGGAUGCAACACGUUGUUCA